AUGGCGGAUGGCGAUAACUCGAUUUAUCCUAUUGCUGUGCUUAUCGACGAACUACGGAAUGAUGAUGUACAACUACGACUCAAUUCAAUCAAGAAACUUUCCACAAUUGCUUUAGCUCUAGGAGACGAAAGAACUCGUAGCGAGCUCCUCCCAUUCCUGACAGAUACAUUAGACGAUGAUGAUGAGGUAUUAUGGGCACUAGCUGAGCAAUUGGGUGAUGCAGAUUUUGUGGUAUUUGUGGGUGGACCUGAAUACGCCCACACACUUUUACCACCCUUGGAGAGUUUAGCUACAGUUGAAGAGACUGUUGUACGAGAUAAAGCAGUAGAAUUGAGAGCAGUAGCUCAGCAGCUGUCAGCAAAACAAAUCGAAGAUCACUUCAUUCCAAUGAUAAAAAGAUUAGCAUUAGGUGAAUGGUUUACCUCACGUACAUCAGCUUGUGGUCUCUUUUCUGUUGCAUACACACUCACUAGUAAUCCAACAAAGGAGGAUUUACGAGCUUCUUUUCGUACUUUAUGUUCCGAUGAUACUCCAAUGGUUAGGAGAGCAGCUGCUAGUAAAUUAGGGGAAUUUGCUAAAGUUGUAGAACCAGAAAAUGUCAAACGUGAUCUUAUUACAAUGUUCCAUAAUUUAGCUGGAGAUGAUCAGGAAGGAUCAGUACGACUGUUAGCUGUUGAAGCUUGUGCCUCAAUCUGUUCAUAUAUAUCAAAAGAAGAUAUUGAACAACUAGUUGUAUCUACUUUAAACAAUGCGGCCAAGGACAAAUCCUGGAGGGUACGAUAUAUGAUGGCAGAUAAGUUCAAUGAAUUACAAAAAGCUGUUGGGCCAGAAUUGACAAAGACUAAUUUAGUGCAUGCCUUGUCUGGUCUCCUCAAAGAUCCCGAGGCAGAAGUGAGAGCAGCUGCUUGUGCUCGUCUGAAAGUACAGAUGCUAAUCCUAGCUUCAGUUAUUAGUUAUUAUGGGUUUAUCUCCCUUGUUGGCAAGGAUAAUACUAUUGAACACUUGUCAUUAUUCCUGACACAAUUAAAAGAUGAAUGUCCUGAAGUUCGUCUUAAUAUUAUAUCUAGUUUGGACUCUGUUAACAAAGUUAUUGGUAUCAGUCAAUUAUCUCAAAGUCUAUUACCUGCUAUUGUGGAGUUAGCAGAAGAUUCAAAAUGGCGGGUUCGUCUUGCUAUUAUUGAGUAUAUGCCAUUGUUAGCUGAGCAGCUGGGUGUGGUCGUAUUUGAGGAGAAACUAAACCAAUUAUGUAUGCAAUGGCUCAUUGAUAAUGUUUAUGCUAUCAGAGAAGCAGCUGCUGUUAACCUUCGUAAUCUUGUUGAGAAAUUUGGUUCAGAAUGGGCUAGAGUAGCGAUAUUACCUAAAGUACUUUCUAUGGCACAAGAUACCAAUUAUCUUCAUCGUAUGACGACUUUAUUCACUGUUAAUGUGAUUAUUGGAGAGGUGUGUUCACAGGAGGUGAUAAGUGAGACAAUGUUACCUGUUGUCUUAAAAUUAGCAGAGGAUCCUGUCGCCAAUGUUCGAUUUAAUGUUGCUAAAACUCUCACCAAAUUAUCAAUGAACUUACCAUCAAGAGGAAACCUCACAAAAGACAGUGAUGUUGAUGUGACAUAUUUUGCACAGGAGUCACUCGUAGGGAUUAAAAGUUAA